AUGGACAAUUCAUCGAAACCGUCGCCGCAGACCUCGCUCUUCCAGGUGUACCUCCGCCUGCGGCCACCUAUCCAGCCUCCGAUCCCGAAGCAGAAAGAGGUGCCAGAACCAUGGCUUAUCGUCGAGCCUCCAAGUCCAACAACGGCCGAGGAUGAAAAUACGACCAAGACUUUCCCUAAACAUGUCACACUACAACCGCCGAACGAUUCACGAAAACGAGCGAUCGAGAGGUUUGGGUUCACCAAGAUCUUCCAAGAGGAGGCGACCCAGCUGGACGUCUUUCGGGAGACGGGUACGGCCGAUGCGAUACAAAGUGUUCUACAGACCGGUAGAGAUGGUCUAGUGGCAACUCUGGGGGUCACGGGGAGCGGAAAGAGCCACACUAUCCUUGGAUCCAAUUCUCAACGAGGACUGACUCAGAUGACGCUGGAUGUGCUGUUCAGAUCAAUAGGGGAGAAGAUCCGACGACCUCAUCACCCGGAUUUACCAACAGAUACCGAACUUCUUUCAUCUCUUCAGGCUUCAGAUGCCUCGGAAGCUCAGGUCCUGUCGGCAACGACGUUUCUAGACUCAAGCUACAGUGAUGGUGACCGAGCCAGACUGUCCAGAGCUCAAACACCAAUGUCAAGAGCGCAGACUCCGAUGAUGGUAGGCAAACAAACCCUUGAACUUCCCGGUUCAUUCCCCCAUUCUCCAGACUUCCAACCCUGCAUAGCCCUACCAUCGUUACCCUCAAGAUUUGGCCUGGAUCGUUCUGCAGUUACACCGCCUUCCAUACGGAUGAUACCGAAUACCCCUGAAAUAGAACCUUCGUCCGAGAAGGAGCCAUGGCGACCUCCAUCCAAAGUUCCAUUCCUUACCCGCUUGAAGAGUCUGCGCAAGUCACCUGCUAAACCCAGUGUUGUGAAGGAUACCGCAUCGCAUUACACUCGAAGACCUCCGCUACCACGCCCGAGCACCUUCCCACAAUCUCCGGACGUGGCAUCAUUCUCCAUGGAUAGCGCCGCACACUCCGAGUAUGCGGUCCUCCUUUCCAUGUACGAAGUCUACAAUGACCGCAUUUUCGACCUGCUGUCCAAUCCCACAUCACCCAAUGCAGCUCCAAUGGCAACCAGACAAGGAGCCGCACUGCAAAAGGGAUUGCUUCGGCGACCAUUACUUUUCAAGAAUACAGAGAUGUCAUCCGACCGUAAAGUCGUUGCCGGCCUCCGCAAGAUCGUAUGCGGAAGUUACGACGAAGCCAUGCUGGUCCUCGAGACUGGCUUGACCGAGAGACGAGUUGCAGGAACCGGCAGCAACAGUGUUAGUUCGAGAAGUCACGGCUUUUUCUGCAUCGAAGUCAAGAAGAGACCUCAGAUGCAAGGGUAUGGCGCGCCCGUGAUGCCCACCUGGACCGGAGGUACCAUGUCGAUUGUCGAUCUGGCCGGGUCUGAACGUGCCAGGAAUGCCAAAACCACUGGAUCAACGCUCGCCGAGGCUGGAAAGAUCAACGAAAGUCUGAUGUAUCUCGGCCAAUGUCUGCAGGUCCAGAGUGAUUCUCAACAAGAAGGGAGCAAACCCAUCGUGCCGUUCCGACAAUGUAAGCUCACGGAGCUUCUGUUUUCGAAUUCUUUCCCUUCGUCCAAUCAUGCCACAAAUUGCAGACCGCCGCAAAAGGCCAUUAUGAUUGUGACGGCAGAUCCAGCAGGAGAUUUCAAUGCCACGAGUCAGAUCCUGAGAUAUUCGGCGUUGGCUCGAGAAGUGACGGUCCCGAGGGUGCCCAGCGUGACCAGUGCAAUCCUCGGCGGCGUAACAAAAGGGAAGCCUGGGCAGAAUGGACGCCACACUCCACAUGACAUGCACAACAACUAUUUCAGCGCUCAAGAAUUGGAACAAGCCACUAACGAAGCGGUACGGCUGGCGGAAGAAUGUAAUUUGUUGUCUGUCCGUCUCGCAGAAGAAGAAAUCAAGAGGACGGAGGCUGAGCUGCAACUGCAAGCAGCCGAAGAGAGGCUAGGCGUCAUGGAACAAGAAGUGCGAGAAGAAUGUUGGAGCGAGAUGGAAGAGCGGAUGGAAGAAGAAAAAGAGAGAUGGAGGUUGGCUUGGGAGCAGGAGAAGGUUCGCGGGGAAGAAUUCAUCGACGGCAAGCUCGAGAUCCUGGAGAAGACAACCAAAAUCAGUAUUCACGAAGACAUAUCGAGUGAGACCCGAGUGGACGAGCUCGAGCGGGAGAAUGAAACCCUUCGCGCCAAGUUACGUGCAUUGGAGCAGGAAAUGCAGACCAGAAGUCCCACCAAAAAGGCUCGAGGGGGUGCGGCAGCAGUAACGAAGGCCCCUGUCAAAGGAGGACUGGUCUUGCAAGAGACUUCAAACAGCAACGUCGCAACGAAUCCGUUUCUGGCUUCUCUGAGACUGCGCGACAGCGAGGCGACCAUCAAGGGGAGGGCCAGCGAGGAUGAUCUUCAAGUGUUGGAUGUUUCUCCGCGAAAACUGUCGUUGAGGAGUUCGAGUGUGACGCGGGCCAUGGUGCAGGAGGAUCAGCCGCAGCAGCAGCCAGCGCCGACGACUGUCAAGAAGCAGCGCAAGUUGACGACGAGGAAGUGGGAUCUGGGAGAUCCGGAUGACCUGUUUUGA